AUGCGCACUCGUUCGCGCGGGCGACGGUCUGAGAAGGAGCAGAAAAUGGCGGCGGCUGUGGCGGCGGCGGUUUCGGAAGGCGGCGCCAAGAUGGCGGAGGCCGGGGCCUUGGCCGGAGGAGGGAUGGCGGCGGCCAACGGGGCUGGCAACGGCGUCGGGGAGGGCGUCCCCAAGAGGUACGUGGGGAGGAGGAGGAAGCCGGUCGAGGAGCGCCUCAGAAAAGGGGGGGAAAAGAGGCAUUUGCGCGCCACAUCCGGGAACGGAGGCAUUUCCCCCCCCCCCCAAUUCUCUUGUCUCUGCCACUAACUCGGCUGAAGUGGAACCGUAAGGGGUCCCGAGAGACAUCUAGUCGAGCCCGCCUGGAAGCGAAGGCCUGGCUUGGUUUCGCCCGCCAAAUCCGCGAAACGAAAAGGAGAGAGAAAUUGGGGGGGGGGGAGGCCAAGAGGGAUGGGUCUUAGCAGAGAAGUCGUUGAGGUUUUCCGUGAAAAAAUGAUAUGGUUAUAGGAAUUCUGAGGUCCAUAUAUAUAUAUAUAUAUAUAUAUACACACAUACAUAUAUAUAGGGAGAUAUAUAUAUAUAUAUAUAUAUAUACACACACACACACACACACACACACACAAACAUAUACAUAUAUAUAUAUAUAUACACACACACACACACACACACACAUAUAUAUAGGGAGAUAUAUAUAUAUAUAUAUAUAUAUAUAUGUAUAUACAGAUACACACACACACACACACACACAUAUAUAUAUAAUACAGUGGUACAUACGCUUCAGGUUACACACGCUUCAGGUUACACACUCCACUAAGCCAGAAAUAGUGCUUCAGGUUAAGAACUUUGCUUCAGGAUAAGAACAGAAAUCAGGCUCCGGUGGCACGGCGGCAGCAGGAGGCACCAAUAGCUAAAGUGGUGCUUCAGGUUAAGAACAGUUUCAGGUUAAGAACGGACCUCCGGAACGAAUUAAGUACUUAACCCGCGGUACCACUGUACAGACACACACACACACAUAUAUAUAGACAUAUAUCUACACAUAUACACACAUAUGCACACACACAUAUAUAUAUAAUAUUCGUAAACGUACAAGGCAAACACAUACAUAAGUAUAUAAACCACGUGUCUGAAAUAGUGCAGGAGAGCAAUCCUGAAGCCAUUUUGACUCCUCCUAAAUUGACCUCAAAUGUGUCUUCAAGGAGGAAGGAAAUGGGGAAAACUUUUUGCAGUUGUCUUUUGACUGGGGCUUACAGCUCCCUUUGCAAAUACAGCAUGGCAAGUAUCUCUGUUAAGCUGAGCACACUGUCAAUACGCGUAAGAGAUUCAGGAACUACAGUGGUGCCCCGCAAGAUGAAAUUAAUCCGUUCCGCGAGUCUCUUCGUCUUGCGGUUUUUUCGUCUUGCGAAGCGCGGCUUAGCGGCUGUUAACGGCUUAGCGGCUUUAAGAAAAAGGAAACAAACUCGCAAGAACUCGCAAGACGUUUCGUCUUGUGAAGCAAGCCCAUAGGGAAAUUCGUCUUGCGGAACGACUCAAAAAAUGCAAAACCCUUUCGUCUAGCGAGUUUUUCGUCUUGCGAGGCAUUCGUCUUGUGGGGCACCACUGUAAGUAUUUUACCAUUUCAGAGGAAUGGCUAGGCUGCCCAGAAAAGGCAACCAGAUAAGGCAUUACAAUAUCAGGAAUUCUGGCAGACAGGAGAGAAGCAACACAUUCAAAUUUCUGCUGGGGACCACCUCUUUCUGUAAUGUAUGCAUGAUGUUUUGAGUUACAGUAGAAGUGUUUUGCUGCAUGCGCUGAAGCGGUCUACUGCCAUGUGUGCAUGCGCAGAAGCGGUGUACCGCUUCUCAGGUUGUGAAAAUCUCGGGAUCCAGAUGGACUCCUGGAACGCAUCCCGUUCGCAACCAGAGGUACCACUGUACUAAUAUACCGAGUGUGUGUGUGUGUAUACCCACCCUUUUUUGGCUUUGGGUGCUAAAUGCUGGAAGGGUUUGAGCUGGGUAACUUCUAAAAUACAGUGGUGCCCCGCAAGACGAAUGCCUCGCAAGACGGAAAAACCGCUAGACGAAAGGGUUUUCCGUUUUGGAGUUGCUUCGCAGGACGAAUUCCCCUAUGGGCUUGCUUCGCAAGACGAAAAUGUCUUGCGAGUCUUGAGAUUUUUUUUUCACUCCCCCCCCCCUUUAUCUAAGCUGCUAAGCCUUUAAUAGCCUUUUAGCAGCUAAUCCGCUAAGCCUUUAAGCCUUUAAUAGCCGCUAAACCGCUAAUAGCGCUAAUCCGUUAAGCCACUAAUAGGGUUGCUUCGCAAGACGAAAAAACCGCUAGACGAAGACACUCGCGGAACGGAUUAAUUUCGUCUUGCGAGGCACCACUGUACCUUAACUGUAGGCCUCUUUUCUUUGCAGUGAAGGCGAGCGGCCAACCCAGAACGAGAAAAGGAAGGAGAAAAGUGCCAAGCGUGGAGGAGGGAGUCGCUUUGAGCCCUAUGCCAGCCCUUCGAAAAGAUACCGGGCCUUCAUUACCAACAUCCCCUUCGAUGUGAAGUGGCAGUACCUCAAAGAUCUAGUCAAAGAGAAAGGUAAACAGCUCUGCGUAUGUCUGAGCUGCAACGUUGCGCCCUUCCCCAUGGCGUUAAUUUUCCCUCCUUCUGAAGCUGGGAGCGUGCCAGAGGUGAUUCUGGGUAGCUGUAGCUAUGUUGAAGAAGCAAGGUUUUUUUUUGAGGACAGGCUCUCCAGAUGGUGCAUGCUAGCUGCUGUGCCCUCACAGGAUGCAUCCUGUGUGUGCAGGUGUUUGGCAUUGUCUAGAAGGCUUCAGAGCAAAAGAGUCUUUGCAGUCCCUUGGAAGAGGCGAGGCUUCUAUCAUCAGGGCCUGGUGUGAGCUUUUUUUCCCCCUUUCAAAUAUUGGAAAUGCUUUUGAAGCCUUUCAUGGGUCUGGACACGUUUUGCUGCUGAGGAGAAGGAGAGCAGCCUUCCUCCUGGUUGAUGCAAUCUUGCUUUCGUUGUUGAAUAUCCAGGACCGUUUAAGAGUGAACUCCAAAGGAGGAUGGGUUGCCUUCCCCCACCUUUCCCUUUUUGUCUUGCAAAAGGGUGACUUGAUUGGCUCCUCCAUUCUGGUCAUAGCUUUGUCCUAAAUCCUCACAAAGAUUUACAGUUCCGGGGGAAAUUUGGCCAAAAGAAGCGAUUCCACCACGUUUCAAAUAAAGAACUCCCCCCACAGACAUAUUUUUCAUCCAAAAAGUCAACACAGAAUUGGAACCAAACUAUAAUCUGUUCAUAGCUGAAUAAUGAGCUACAGAGCAAAUAUUUAGGGGGGAAAUAAGGGGGGGGGAGGGAAUCCAUCCUCCUGGAGGGCAUCUCUGGAAACGCAUUAUAAAUUGGGAAAUAAAUUUGGGUCACGUGCUUUGAAACUUAGGGUCCCCGUGGCUUAAAGUGGAGAACGAUGGCUAACGUGCUUAGGAGCCUAAGGAAGUGCAGGGAAGGUUCCCUUGAGGCAAAUGGGGAUUACACGCACAACACCGUUAAGGGAUGUGUGGCCCAUUCACACGUAACAUGUCAACACUCAGUGUGGUGCGUGUUGGUAGCCCCAGAGAUCUCAGUAGCUUUCAGCAGAUGGUGGAUUCACAGGCUAACUGUCCGGUCCUCCUUCCAGCUAUGGUUUCGUUACAUUGAAUGGAACGCCGCUUUGGAACGUGACAGUUACUGAUCUACGCCGUGCGUGAAAUAUUGGCGAAUAGGAACGUGUGUGUUCAUAGCUGUGUCCCACUGCAAGCCCUGCGCUGAGCUUGUGUGUUUUCGGCCUUUCCUUCAGCUCGCGUGGAUGCCAAAAUCUUAACGUGGGACCGCUUUUCCUCUUGUUGCUCUGCUCAGCUGCUUAUCCUGGCAGGUGAUCCCGGGAGGAAAAAAAAGAGAAAUCCUCUUCGUUCUCUCUGCAGAUAGUUUAGUGUGUUAUGUACAGACGAGAGCGUUCUUGGGUUUUGUGACUGCAGCCCAGAGUUGAUUAAUCUGGCAUCGCUUAAAGCUGCUUCCCCCCCCCCCCCAGCCCCAUUCACUAAAAACGAUUGCUUAAGGCAGUCCAAAUUAAUUACUCUCGAUGCAAGUCACCAUAGUUCCAAGAACUAGGAAUGUGGCUCUAAAAACAGUUAGCAUUUUGGGUUUUUGUAUGUAAGAAUUACAGGGCCCCCAGGUUCAAGUUUAGGAGCAGCAUCUAAACUGAGGUGACAGACUGCUGCUCCAUCACGCAACAACCGUGGGAUUUAUAAUAGUAACUCCAGAGGCAUCUUUGGUGCCAGUAAGUAUGGUUUAGAAGACUUUUAAGUGUUGUGGUCUGUUCAGAUCUCACCUGGUGUGUUUUGGAUGCCUCUCUUCGAAAUGUUUUUAAUGGUGUCCUCCUCUCGGUGAAGUCAUUUCAGUUUUAUCACUUGUUGGUGAAACUUAACGUUACAGGUGUGUGGUACGUUAUCCUUUUUUACUAUUAUUUAACUUUAUGCCAGUGUUCUUGAUAUUCCUCCACCUAAAACAGUACACAGAGCAAUGGGAUACAAAAUCUAGGAGCCGUGUGGCUUCUGGGAACUGGAUUAUUCACCAGGACAGGCAGGUGGAGGUGCUAGACUUCAAAAGUGUGCCUGGACAUCUCCAUUCAGUCGCAAAAGGCCUGUUGCCAGUUGCAAAAUGCGACUGUCGCCUGGCUGCUUUCAAACACUGACCCAGUGUUGACUCAGAAGAGCUUUGGCAAAGUGAUGUGGUCUGGACUUAGACCCCUUGUGGGAUGGGACCUGUUUCAAGCCUCUCUCUUAGGACAGUGUUUGGGAGAAAUGGGUUUUGGGCUGUGAAGUUCAGCCCGAUAAUUUAAGUAGAUCACAUGCUUUCUAGCGUAAAGUGUAGCAUUUCCCUCCGCCCCCCCCAUGACGCUUAUUUUAACCCAGACUUGGGGAGCAGCAGCAAAUGGCGGAAACCAGAAUUGCAGGUUUUUCGAUUGCUGAAAAGCGGCGCAAAGCAAAAUCUGCAUUGUAAAACUCACAUCUGGUCACUGUGGAGAAAGAAAUGUGGAAGUGGAAAGGGCUAGUGUGUUGUACUAGUUGGAUGAGAGGAGUCAGUUUGAAGUGUAAACCCUUUUGCACUAUCUGUAGCUCCUUUGAGGAAAAGUAGGAGAUGCCUGUAAAUUCAAGAUUUAGCCACAUGGCAUAAAUAGAAUCCUGAAUUCAGGGGCAACUUGGGAGUAGAAAAAACCAACCUGGUCUUCUGUUAAAUAGACUCUAAACUCCCCUAUGAGGAAGGGGCUUUCCAGUAUAGAGGAAAGGCAAGUAAGGGGGCAAGAUAGAAGUGUCUAAAAUGAUGCAUUGGAUAGAGAAAACGUUUUCUCCUUGUCUCAUAGCACUAAAACUAGGAGUAAUCCAGUGAAGCUUAAUGUGGGACGAUUGCAGGACAGACAAAAGAAAGGGCUUCCUCACACAUGGUUAAGCUAUUAAAUUUCCUCCUGCAAGAGGCAGCGAUCGCCACCGACUUGGGUGCCUUUAAAAGAGGAUUAGACAAGUUAACGGAGGAUCAGGCUGCCAACAGGUACGAUAACCCUGAAGGCUGCCUCCACUAUUGUGGGCAGAGUGGCUCUGUUUGUGUGCCUCCCAUAGGCAUCUGUCUAGUUGGCCUCCCUGGGAACAGGGUGCUGGACUAGAUCCAGCAGUGCCCUUCUUAAUAUUCUUAAGCGUUAAUUAGAUUCGAGCCUUUAGCUAAAGAGGGCGACAAUAGCCCAUGCGAGGUUUCCCUCUUGUCUCGGUCCCCAGAGAUGAACGGGCAUCAAAGCCUGAGGGAAACUGAAAGGCAUGGUAACAUAGCGCGAGGAAAUCAAGGAUAUGUCUUUGACUCUGGUUUGAUACGUAUCACACACCUGUAAUGCCAAGUUGCGGUGGACUAGCAAAUGUGGAGUGUUCCUGGGCUUUUAAUAAGGCAAAGGCUCCAUAUAAGGUUGUUGACGAUUGUUCUAAAUCCCCCUUGUUUUCUUGGCUUUCUCCCCUUGGUCUAUGUACCGUCUGGAAUCUCAUUUGUAGUUGGUGAGGUAACAUACGUGGAGCUCUUAAUGGACGCUGAAGGAAAGUCAAGGGUAAGUCUCCGAGAGAAUUUCUUCCGUGGAUUUUUACUACAUGACCAAAAAAAUAAUGAUAAAAAAAUAAAUAAUGUAACUGUUAACGGUUGGAACCAAAUGAACUUGGGAUGCGUAGUGUGUAUGGUUUUAUCGUCGGCGCUGCCCCAGAGCUGCUUGGUGUGGGGGGGGAGGAGGUGGACAUGGGGCAUGUUAGACGCAGCAGCAACCCUCUGCUGCCCUCCUUUGGUGUUUGGCUGUAUGACUUACGCAUGGGUCCUUGUGUACUUUCUUUACUGGUACAUGAACGUCCAAAUCCUUAGCCUAAAUGUUUCUCGUGGUUCUCGUUGCUGA